AAUGAAUGAAGAAAUCGAUCAUCAUUUAGAGAUGUAGGAAACAAAUGCUAUGUUACUUUAAUAAUUUGAAAAAGACACAGAAUUAUAAGAUUAAGGGACACCAAAUAAAUAUUCUGAUCAUUCAGAUCCGCCUUCACCCACUAAAAAAUCUAAGAAGAAGGAAAGAAUUGUUGAAAAGUUAUUAGAAAAUAGAUCAAAAUUUAAUGACAGGACAGCAUUGUUUAAUUUAAUAAAUUCUUUACAAUUGGUAAAGGCUUUUUCUAAGAAUUUAGGUUAUAACUCUAUACAAUCUUAGUUCAAUUAUUAAUAUAGAAGGUUAAACAAAUUUAAAAUUUUAUGAUACUACUCAGAUUUAUAGCUUUUAUGUUUGGAAUAAAUAAGGAUUUACUGUUUAUUAUUUGAUUAUUAUUUUGAUUAUGGUUCAUAUUUUGAAAUUGUUAACAUGUUUGGUGGGUAACAAUAAAAUUUAUCAAAUUUAGGUUAUUUUUGUGUUGUACAAAAGAGUGAAUAAUUGUUAACAAUAUUUAUGAUGUUAACUUUCACUUGUGUUAUCACUAGAGGAAUAAUAACUAUAUUAUUAUUAAUCGAUUAUAAUUAAAUAGAACUUACUUAAUCUUAUAUAUAUGGAGAUUCUGAUAAAGUAGCAUAAUCCUAAGCAGUAUAAUUUACAAUAGUAUUGAUUGUUUUUGUUGCAGUGGAAAUUAUAAUGGGUUUGUAGAGUCUUUUGUUGGCAGGUUAAGCUAAGAAAAAAUAUAAAUGUACAUUAAUUCAUCAAUAUAAAUUAAGCUAUGCGAAUAAACGAAAAGAAAAUAGCUGCUCAUUAUUCAAUAGCAUAUUAAAUAAUGUUAAGGUAAUUUGUAAUUUGA